AUGGCGACUCACCGCAAUGUCCGAAGAACCCUAGGUUCCUACCAAGUCAACAGAAUCAACACUACUAUCCGCCCUGGUGAUUGUGUAUUAAUGGGACCACCAGAUCUAAACACACCGCCGUACGUUGCCAAGAUUGUGACGAUCCAAUCCUUGGAUAACAAUGUGGAAGUUAAGGUUAGGUGGUACUAUAGACCCGAAGAAACUAAAGGUGGCAGAACACCAUAUCAUGGAGUGAAUGAAGUUUUUUUGUCGGAUCAUUUUGAUACGCAAAGUGUUCAUUCGAUCGUAGGCACAUGUACCGUUCAUAGCUACUUGAGCUAUAUCAGGCGUGGCGUUGUUGAUCAUAACAAGGACUUUUUCAGUCGUUUUAAGUACUUUCCAACAACAGGAAAGUUUGAUCCGGAUAGGGCACGCGUGUACUGUAUCUGUGAGAUGCCUUAUAAUCCUGAUUUCUUGAUGAUUGAAUGUGAAGAUUGUAAUGAUUGGUAUCAUCCUGAUUGUAUAGGCAUGUCAGUGGAUGAGGCUAAACAACUGGAUCACUUCAUUUGUCAGAUAUGUGUGGCCAAAAGGUCAACAAUUCUCCACAUUCGUCAUGCUGCUAUUUCUAGGAAUGACUAG